AUGAAUGGUGUUAAAAUAGAUUAUAUUCUAUUUUAUAUUAUUUUUAUAUGCGUACAUUUUGAAGGAAAAGAGAAACUUGUAGAUCAAUCAAAAUCGAAUCAUGCAACUAGUACUGAACCAGCCCCAAUAUCUUCCAGGUCUGAUUCAGUAUCUCGUACAGAACAUGAAGCUGUAUUAAGAGAACUUGAAAUGUCAAAAUCUUCGCUAAGAGCAUUACAAACACAAUUGGAAGAACAAACACGCAAUGCACGUGAACAGAUUGAUUCACUUAUGGAAGAUCGUAAAGCUAUGCAAGAGGAAGCUGACAGUUUACGUAAACGUAAUGAAGAGAAGGCACGUGUAUCAUCAGAACAGCUUAAACGUUGUCAAGAAUUAUUAUAUGAUAGUACUAAAGAAUUCUUAGCACAAAGGAAUCAAUUUCGUCAAGCUGAAAAGGUGUGGAUUGCAGAGAAAGACAAAUUAUUAAGUCAGAUAAGCACGAAAAAAUUUAAUUCUACCGGUAUCAGUGCAUCAACUCUCUCUGUUAUGAAAACUGAUGGACGUAAUCUCACUGAUCCACUGGCUGAUAGGAUAAAUCAUAAUCAUAAUAAUUAUACUAAUCCUAUGGAUUUAUUAAAUAACACCAAUAUACAAAGUUUAGAAUCUCGUGCAUGGGCUGAAGUCAAUCAACAAAAACAGAUACAAUUAGAGAAAACAAUUCAAAAUUUAGAAAAUCAAUUAGAUCAACAACAAAAACUGUCUGAUAUGUAUAGAGAUCAAGUUAUUCAAUUGGAAGAAGAGUUAGUUCGUGUACGUGAAGAAGGCGUUCUUUCGAAAGAUCUCUUCAAAGAUCAAGCUCAUAAACUUCAUGAACGUGUACAAGUUAUGUCACAACGUUAUCAAAAUUUAGAACGUAGACGUCAAUUAGAAAUGGAAGGUUAUCGUACUGAUAUUAGUACAUUACGUAAAAAAUUAAAAGAAGUUGAAAGACAAUUGUUAAAGUUAACUCUUGGUUUUACUGAUGGAAUCGAUCUACCAGAAUCAAUCAAUGGGAAUAACAACAAAGACAUCGAUAUAGCACUGCUGAAACAAGUGAAAGCAUCUACAACUCGAUCUAAUCAAAUAAUGAAUGAAUUGAAAAAUCUUAAAUUGAAAAUGUAUUCACUUGAAGAUGAGCUACGUAAAAUUUAA